AUGGGGAAAUCUGGAAAGUCUCAUAGCCACGACGGUGUAAACACCGGGGGAACUAACAAGAAUACGGGAACAGAUGAUGAUGAGGAUUUGGAAAGAAGUGGAGCGAAUCGGGGAGGAGGCAAUUUUGGGUUGGGCGCCCCGCAGACAAUUGAGAGGAUUCGGAUUGAGCCGGUUAGGCGCAAGAUGACCCACCGCAGACACCAGCAAUUACAUGCCCGGCAGAAUGGGGUUGUGAGCGGAAUCACGGACCCAGUUGGGGAUGCUGUGAGCAGUGUCUUGCCAAGUAUUGUGGAGACAGGGGGGGACACUACUACAAUUCUCCCCACACUCACUUCGUCCAUUCCUUCUUCCAUUCCAGAGCUGUCGAGCCUCAGUAUUCCGUCCAGCUCACCUGGGACUGUGGUCCCUUCAACCUCACCUUCAGAUUCAACCAACCAUCCAAAUGUACCGGUCGGAAGCACCCAACAAACGGUACUCAGUUCUACUCCCCCUCCGUCCCCGGCGGAGACAUCUCCUGGGAUGGUAAUACCGCCCAUUACAAUUUCAGGCAUUAUUUCUACCUCUCUAUCGACGGCCGAAUCGCCGUCGCCAAGUUCUGCUUCGCUGUCGUCGCCUGCCAUAGUAUCUCCUCCAUCAACCACCGUUACGUCCUACUGGCCUUCCCUCAUUACGAAGAACGGGACCACCACUAGUAAGUUCUCCGGUCCUUCUCCGCAAUACCUACAUCCCUGAUGACUGCCAUUGACUCACUUGGCGUAGGCGACACGCCGCCGGCCUCUAGUACCACAAUUGAUGGUAGUGUUAUUGUGUACACGUCCGAUCCAUUUCCAACUGGUGUUAAUAACAGUACGUUGAGUCGCAAUAUUACCACUUCAUCGACUUCGUUUUCCUCUACCUCGGGUUGGUCGCUUAAUAGCACGACAACAACAGCAUCAUCAACAACCACCUCAUCGCUCUCGUCAGAGUCCCUAUGGCCUACUACAACGGAGGUUGGAGGCGGAGGUGGCGGAGGGGGAGGGGGUGGUCUCGCGCCGACCCCGACAGUGACAUCUGUAUCGCCGGUCCCGACCGAGGGUGCUGAAGGAGGAGGAGGAGGACCACCAGUUAGUCAGCUCCUUGGUGGUGUGCUUGGGGGAGUAGCCGGAAUCGCAUUGAUCUUGGUGGCUGUUCUCUAUUUCAUGAAACGUUAUAAACGCGAGCGCGCGAUUCAGAAGAGAGAUGAUGCUGGGUAUGGUGGUCCGGUCGAACAGUCUGGGGACCAGCCUAUGGCUGCGGUGCCGGAGAGAGGUUUCUACAAGGUCUCAGGACGCAAGUUAGAUCCUGUGAUUGGGGGUCCAAGACCAGCGGAAUUUUCUUCCACAAGGUCUGCAGCAGGGUCUUCGUACUAUCACGAUGACGAAAUCAGCUGGAUUGGACCGGGGACCCCAGUUUCUUCUACAGGCGCGGGGCCCUCAAGGUAUUCCGGAGUUUCUGGGGGCGCCGCAUCACCUACGGCUUCUAGCGCUCCUGGAAGCGCCACUACUCCUGUUGGACCUGCGCCCAUCCUACCGGCCAUUGGCGCGGCUGUAUCAGCAGGCCCUUCAAGGAUUCCGGAGGAGCGUGAGAGCGAUCCUGAGCUUGCUUCUCCUAGUGAGUCGAUGCCACCGCCACGUCCGCUGCCAAUUGCCAAAACACCGAGCCCCCCGAGCAGUCAGACUGAUCUUAGUCUGACAUCUCUCACACGACCUCCGUUUCCUGGAGGGAUGAGUUCUGUGAGUGUGGGAAGUGCAGGGAGUGGGAGAGAGGGACGCGCUGCAGGAGAUGUACCCGUAUCUGCUGGGCCGUCUGUCCCCCCGGCCUCUGCAAGGCAAAGGAGUGCUGAACGGGUAGGAAGUGCGGGAAAGGAUGGAGUGGGCAGAUCGUUACCGUCACACGAUGGCUCUCGGACUUCACGGUUUACCGAGGACAUUGUGUGA